CGGCGCUAGCUAGGCCGAAGCCAUCGCCAAGGUCGGUCCCAAAUUCUCCAUCGGAGUUCAGCUGUGACUGUACGGCUUAAGAGCAGUCUUCGUUCGGUAUAAAAGGACCCAGGGCCUUUUCUUAUACGCUGUUUCAUGUAUGCAGGUACUCUAGCGAUGAGUUUGCGAGGUUCCUAUCACGCGGGAUGAGAUCCCUAAGAUCUGAUGGUUAGCACAGAGUGGGUGGGUACUGAAGCGAUAUAAUACCCCGACAACUGGAGACGCUUAAGACGCUACCAUAGUACCAAGAUACGAUAGGUAGGUACGCAUGCGGAGUGCGUAACUCCUCACGAGGGGAACUCUCGGAUAUCUAUAUCGAUUAUCCCUUUUUCUUGUUGAUCUCUUAGAUAGUUUGGGGAAUCGAUCAUACUUAGUACGACAGAUCAAAUCGAGUGCUUCAUCUGGAAAGUGACGGUCUAUCAAUUAUUCAUGAACAGAGAAGAGGACCAUUAUCUACCUAUACGUCCAUAUAUCGUUCUACAAUUCGCCUCCUAAACGUUCCUGUCAAAUCACCUACCAACUUAGACAUAUCUAGACAUCUGCGAGAAACAUCAUCUUCUAGCUAAAAUGCCGGCAGAAGUCCAUGGCAUUAAAUCGAGUGAUGUUCACGCCAAAAUCCAGCUCCUCAUCGAUGGGCUCGUGAACAUCAAAGACAAGACGGGAGAAUUUCUUAUGACGCUCGCCGAUGGCCGCGUAAUUGAUACAAAAGGAUGGAAUGAUUGGGAAUGGACUCACGGGAUUGGCCUGAAUGGAAUCUGGGCUUACUACUCAUUAACUGGGGACGAGAAGUAUCUCAAGAUCAUCGAAGACUGGUUCGCGAACCGAUUCGCUGCUGGCGGCACUACGAAGAACAUCAACACGAUGGCCGUAUUCUUAACCCUAGCCUACGUAUACGAGAGGACGGGCAAUCAAACCUAUCUUCCCUGGCUAGACAGUUGGGCAGAGUGGGCGUACCACGACCUAGAGAGAACCAAGUAUGGUGGUAUGCAACAUAUCACGUAUUUGGAGGUCAACGACCAGCAGCUAUGGGAUGACACGCUCAUGAUGACUGUUAUGCCCCUAGCCAAGAUUGGAAAAUUGCUAAAUAGACCUCACUACGUUGAUGAAGCGAAGAGGCAAUUCUUAAUCCACAUCAAGUACCUAUUUGAUACGAAGUCGGGGUUGUUCUUCCACGGCUGGACGUUUCACGAGGGGGGACACAAUUUCGCGAAUGCCUUAUGGGCGAGAGGAAAUGCAUGGUUGACGAUCGUGAUUCCCGAAUUUUUGGAGCUGCUAGACCUACCAGCCAACGACCCGAUCCGGACGCAUCUUCUAGAUACGUUAAACGCGCAGUGCGAAGCUCUCAAGCCGCUCCAGACGACUUCGGGUCUGUGGCGUACGCUCUUGGACCAACCAGAGGAAGAAGGCUCCUACGUCGAAUCCAGCGCGACGGCCGGAUUCGCCUUCGGAAUUAUGAAGGCGCAAAGGAAGAAGCACAUUGGGAAAGAGUACGAGGCCGUAGCCAUUAAGGCGGUACAGGCCGUUCUGGAUAACAUCGACGUCGACGGUGAACUCCUGAACACAUCUUUCGGCACAGGGAUGGGCCAUACCUUACAGCACUAUAAGGAUAUUCCGAUCACAAGCAUGCCUUAUGGACAGGCUAUGGCUAUUAUAGCCUUAGUCGAGUUCCUCAGGGUGUUUAUUUAAGUAUCUAGGUAGGUAGUCUAGUGUAUAAAAUUAAUCUAGUAAAAAUGCAAUCGGGCUUACCAA